AUGGCCACCGUUGCAACCCUCAGCGUUGUAGAUGCCCAAAAAGUCAUUGACACUUGGGCAGCGACGGGUGGACCUACUGAGCAAGAAAAAAUCAAGUGCGCGAACGCUGCGCUUAACGAACUAGAUGACGACGAUCAGGUCAAGAAAUUUCAAGACAAUGUUAAGCAGGUCGGUGUUUGGGCCAAUCAGCUCGAUACAGCCUUCGACCAUGUAACUCGCGGCUUCGAGAAUAUGGUCGAGAAACACGGCGAGGACUUCCCGGAUAUUUCUGCCUACCUCCACGAAUGGAAAGGCUACAAGGGGAAUUGGGUGCAAUAUCUGUCGGAGUCGCGCGACGUUGCGUCCAAAAACAUCACACUUCUCAAACGCUUUGACCAGGUUUUUCUUGACAUGGUGGAAAACAUCCAGACCAAUCAGGAUCGCCUGGAUGCCACGAAGGAGCUCCAACAAUUUAUUGAUGAGAAACAUGAUGAUUCUGUGCAAUUGUCCCAAAACUUCCUCAACCUGAAACGUGAUAUCGAGGCCUUUGUCGGCAAAUUUGACCAGUGGAUCGUCGACAAGGGGGUUGAGCUAGAAGCACAGGCGAAGAAAUUGAAGGAUAAAAUUACGAAACUUCAGGGGGAAAUCGAAGCUUUGGACAAGAAGAUCGUGGUUGCCACUAUUGCGCUUGUGGGCUCCCCGCUCCUUGGCAUUCUCGGAAUGGCUGUCGCCGGCACUGUUCUCGCUGUAUACAAGAGACAGCGUGAUGAUAAAGCGAGAGAACUUGGAGGCAAACUAAAUGCACUUGCGGACAUAAAUCGGAAACAGGAAGCUCUAGCUCAUCUUAAAACUGAGUUUGAUGGCUUCAAGCCUGAUAUCGCGUUGAUUUGCGAGAAGCUGGUCUUAUUUGCCGAAAUAUGGUCUUCGGUUCGUAGCCAAGCCAUACAAUUCCAAGAGCAUAUCAAGGGAGGAAUGGCUGCGCUUUCGAAUCCUAGGUUCAAGAUGGAGGUUCGAUUAGCCAGAGCAGUAACGAAGCCCCUCAUGGAAGGUCUGGCGAAAUAUGCCUCCGAACUUGAGAACCGUGGUAAGGCAAACGAGUAG